AUGAGCAACCGAGCUGCAUUUUUGGAAACUGUAAAGGGUGAAUUUCGCGUCUGCGAUGCUGAUCUAGCAGAGCCAGGAGAGGGCGAGGUACUUGUCAAGGUUCACGCCUGCGCCAUACAACCAGCAGAUGCAAAAUGUGCGAAGUUCUCAAUGAUUCCUGUAGAAUAUCCUGCAGUCCUCGGUAGUCCUGUUGCAGGUGUUGUGGAGGGUAUCGGACCCGGCGUGAGCAAUGUCACCAUUGGCGAUCGGAUAGUGUGCGGCACAAAGAUCUUCUCGCACAAGAAGGCUAAGUACGGUGGCCUGCAGCGCUUCACCAUCGUUGAUGAGUCUGAAGUCGUUGAAAUUGGCGACACUGAGUUCACCCAAGCUGUAACUCUGGCUUCGUACACGCCUCCAGGAGCCUUGUUCGCCACAUCAACGCUGAACAUGCAUCGCCCCACUAUACCAGCCUCUUCGCUGCCGGAAGGCGAACAGGAAAAGAAGAUUCUUAUCUGGGGAGGAUCUUCCGCUAUGGGAUCUCUAUCCAUCUCCUACGCGAAAACAGCCGGAUACACCGUCAUCAACUAUGUCUUCGACCACAGCGACCCAGCAACCGUUGGUGCAAUCCGCGAUCUCUUUCCUAUUCAUUACUGGUUUGAUACCAUCGCACUCAAGCCCUCACUAUCCACUCUUGUCAAGAUACUCGCACCAGUAGACGAGCCAGUUACGAAGGCAAACAUCCUUACCUUACUGCCACUGGUUAUGACGGGUAUGAAGGCCGAAGACUUCCCCGAAGGGAUUACGACGCAAUUUCAUCGUUUCUCGACGCAUGCACCAGAGAAUGUAGAGUGGCAUGAGUAUUUCCUCGCGCGUGGCGGAUUUCUGGAAAAAGCUAUCAAAAAUGGAGUGCUAAAGGGUGUUCCAGCGGAAGUCAUCGGCGGCUUGGACAACGUCGCCGAGGGUAUCGAGAAAUUGCACAGCGGAGUCAGCGGCAAGAAGAUUGUUGUCCAACCAUGGGUGUGA